CGGGUCUUCCGGCAGCCCAGUCCUCGCCACUGAACUCCAACCCCCGCGCUCUCUGUCAGCAUCUCAUUCCUGUCUCAAUAUGUCUCAAGAUGGCGGCCAAUGCAGGAUCGAUGUUUCAAUAUUGGAAGCGCUUUGACUUACAACAACUACAGAAAGAACUAGAUGCCACCGCCACACAGCUUGCCAACAGACAGGAUGAGAGCGAGCAGUCAAGAAAGAAACUCAUCGACCUGAGCCGCGAGUUCAAAAAGACGACGCCAGAGGAUUUACGGAAACAGGUUGCUCCUCUGCUGAAGAGCUUCCAAGGAGAGAUCGACGCCUUGAGUAAAAGGAGUAAAGAAGCAGAGGCCGCCUUCUUGAACGUGUACAAGAAAAUAAUUGAUGUCCCAGACCCUGUACCUGUGCUGGAGCUGGCUCAGCAGCUGCAGCUGAAGCUCCAGAGGAUGCACGACAUUGAGACAGAGAACACCAAGCUACGAGAGACACUGGAGGACUACAACAAAGAGUUUGCAGAAGUUAAAAACCAAGAGGUGACCAUCAAGGCCUUGAAGGAGAAGAUCCGCGAAUACGAGCAGACUCUGAAGAACCAGGCUGAGAACCUGGCCCAAGAGAAGCAGCUCCAGCUACACAACGACUAUGCAGAGAAGGAGAGGAAACUCCAGGAGAGUCAGGACUCCAUGUCUUCAAGGUUGAAAGAGGCUGAACACAAGACGCAGUCCCUGCAGACAGCACUUGAAACAACUCAGGCCGAGCUCUUUGAUUUGAAGACGAAGUAUGACGAGGAAUCCACAGCAAAGGCUGACGAGAUUGAGAUGGUGAUGACGGACUUGGAAAGAGCCAAUCAGCGAGCGGAGGCAGCAGAGAGGGAGGCGGAGGCGCUCCGAGAGCAGCUGUCGUCGUCUAACCAAUCCCAGCAGCUCAGCAGUCCCACCAACGCCGAACCUGACUCGGAUCAGGCGUCAGAGGUGGCGUCGUACUCGAACCUGGAGGCGGAGCUCAGGGCCAAAGAAAGGGAGACCGCCCAGCUGGUGGAGGAUGUCCAGAGACUGCAGGCCAGCCUGACCAAACUCCGUGAGACCACCAGCUCCCAGAUCUCCCAGCUGGAGCAGCAGCUUAGCAGCAAGUCUGCAGUUCUCAAGGAACUGGAGGAGAAACUGGAACGGCAAGCCGACUAUGAGGAGGUCAAGAAGGAACUAAGCAUCCUUAAGACGAUGGAGUUUGGAACCGACUCAGUGCAGGACUCGUCCAAACCUCUGGAGGUGCUGCUGCUGGAGAAGAACCGGACUCUUCAGUCGGAGAGCGCCGCGAUGCGCAUCGCCAACACGGAGCUGAGCGGCCGCUACUCCGAGCUGCAGGUGGAGUUUUCUGCCGCCGUGCACACCAGCGCCGAGCAGAAGGAGCUCAUCCUGAAGCUGGAACACGACCUGAGCACCAUCCAGACCAUGUCCCCCCUGUCGCGGCCCGACGCCGACGGGUCGGAGGUCGGCAGCAUGGGCAACAUCCCGGAACCCAUCAAAGAGGCCUCCGCUGGAUUUGCAGGUUCAGGCGCGACCCCCCAGCCCGAGCUUCCCCAGGGCCAGAUGGACUCUCUGCUGUCCAUCAUCUCCAGCCAGAGGGAGCGUUUCCGCUCCCGGAACCAGGAGCUGGAAGCCGAGAGCCGCGCCAUGCAGCAGACCAUGCAGGCCCUGCAGGGCGAGCUGGACAGCCUGAGGGCCGACAACAUCAAGCUCUACGAGAAAAUCAAGUUCCUGCAGAGCUACCCGGGCAGAGCCGGAGGCAGCGACGACACUGUGAUGCGCUACUCCUCCCAGUACGAGGAGAGACUGGAUCCAUUUGCUUCCUUCAGCAAGAGAGAGCGUCAGCGUCGAUACCUGAGCCUCAGCCCUUGGGACAAAGCAACUCUCAGUCUGGGCCGUGUGAUCCUCUCCAACAAGAUGGCCAGAACCAUCGCCUUCUUCUACACCCUGUUCCUGCACCUCUUGGUCUUCCUGGUGUUGUACAAGACCGCUUGGAGCGAGAGCAUCGGCAGAGACUGCACUGCUUUCUGUGCUAAAAAGUAUGCUGACCACCUCCACCGCUUCCAUGGGAACGACCAGAACCUUUAGGCUGUCCCGCUUCGGCACAAGCUUUAGAGCAGCGCUCCUUGAUUCUCCUCCUCUCUGGUUGCAGUAGUUGUUCUGUCCACUAGAGGGCGUUUUAAGGCUGUGGACAGUUUUCAUUCCCGUUUCCUUCUCUCUAAUAAACUGUAAACGCUUUACUGGUCUAGAUUUAUGACUUGAUGGUUUUGGAUCACUUAUACUGAAAAUGGUGUUUUACAUUGUGUUCUGGUUUAAUGAAGGUUGGUGUCGUUAAAGGGACCAGGGUAGUCUUUUUUUUGUGUGUGUGAUUUUUCUUUUUUUUUUUUUUUUUUUUUUGAUGGUUUCUAUGGUGACAGGUUAGCAGUAGAAAUAAGAUCUGAUCACGGUGGUGGUAUGAAUACAGUUUUUUCUUGAUUUUACGGCGUUUAGAAGUGAAUUGGAUGCAGUUUUAUUGAUCUGUCUUUGGUGCAGAGAUCCUCUGGUUGCUGUGGCUUCCUGACUGAUGUCACUGCAACGAUUUAAGUUACUGAGUCUGUCAUCCUUAAGGACAUUACUGUGCAUGUUUUCCUGCUUACUCCUCCCUUCCCAUCCUUGCAGCUGUAUUCUAAAUAAAGACCAUGCAGCAGUUUG